UCAAGUAUUAUAUAACUGCCCCAACUGCUUCAAAACUCCUCUUAGGCUUCACCUUAAGCUCUUCCUAGGAACACAACAAAGGGAAAGAAAAAAAAAGAUGAUUAAGUUGAGGUCAAUGAGGUUUAGCCGAAGCAGCUCCAAGCUUGGAAAUGGGAACAAAGCAACAGCAACACAACAGCCAACUGAAAAGGGUUGCAGAAACAUUGGUGAAAUCCAAUGGGAACUUAGGCCUGGUGGCAUGCUUGUUCAAAAAAGGGAGAGCAACCAAAGCACAGGAGAGGGAAUUAUCACAAUUAUGGUUUCAACUGUGUCACACUCCCAUGAAAUUUCUGUUGAGGCCACAUCAACUUUUGGUGAAUUGAAAAUGAUUCUGUCACUGGUAACAAGUUUUGAGCCCCGAGAGCAAAGGCUUCUCUUCAAGGGUAAAGAGAGAGAUGAUGGUGAAUAUCUACACAUGGUUGGGGUUAGAGACAAGGACAAGGUUCUUCUGUUGGAGGAUCCAGCUAUAAAGGAGAAGAAAUUGCUUGGCAUAAGAGACCAACCCAUUAACAAUCCUAGUCGUACCAUUAGUGUAUGACUAAUUAACCAAACUCAUUAAUGUUAAUUAGUAUUAACCACAAAGGAAAGUUUGAUGUAGUGAUGGAUCUUCUUUCACUUUGAAUUGGAUUAGGGACUUUCUUAUCUUUUGUCUGGAGCCUUCUCUCAAUUAAAAAUGUGCAAUUGUUGAUGAUGCAAUGACAAGCCGUUUUGCGUAGUUUGAUUA